AUGCCAACUGGCAAGCAGCUAGCUGACAUUGGCUAUAAGACCUUCUCUGCCUCCAUGAUGCUCCUCACUGUGUACGGGGGGUACCUCUGCAGUGUCCGAGUCUACCACUAUUUCCAGUGGCGCAGGGCCCAGCGCCAGGCCGCAGAAGAACAGAAGACCUCAGGAGUCAUGUAGAACUGGGGGGCUUUUUCGCCUGGGCAGAGAGGCCCAAGGCAUGCUAUGGAGAGACUUCACCUGCCACCAUUUCCAGGUCAACAGGACUAGAGCGUUGAUGAUUUUCAAACCCUGUUGGAAGAAAGUGCCCAUGGUUUCUCUGGUUCUGCCAGUCUGUGCCAGUUUGACAGUUUAUGGAGGCUGUUGAAUCAUAAUAGCAAUGUGAGGGUGAGAUACACCUACAGACAUUAAAUAAUUUGCCGUGUC